CAUGCGCGGUAGGCGGGCUCUCCCCUCAGCCCGCCAGUUCCCCGCUGUGUCUCGCUCCGCUCUGCCCGUUGUUGUUCCCGGUGGGUUGAGCCUUCGGGCCGCGCUCCGUCUGCCCGUUCCCGGUUUCCCCCGGCCCCGCGGGCGGCGCUUCGGUUCCUCAACGAGCUGCGGGCGGAGCGCUGAGGACCGGUUGGGGCCGGUUGGCCGCGCAGGCGCAGGGCCCCGUAAACAGGAAGCGGCGGCGGCGACAAAGGGCUGCGGGGAGGAGGGCUCGGCCCGGACACAGCGCGGUCCUGGCGGCGGGCGGCAGGAUGGCGCACAAGGACGGGCAGGCGGCGUUGGACGAGCCCCAGGGCAGCCCCAACCCGGCCGCCGUGCCCGGAGCUCCCUUGGAACCCUCGGGAGCCGCCACGGGGCCCGUCCCGGGGGGUGAAGAAACCGACACGGAGACGGAGACGGCGCUGGGAUCCCGCCGCUUCCUCUGCGGUGUGGUGGAAGGCUUUUAUGGAAGACCUUGGGUUAUGGAGCAGAGGAAAGAACUUUUUAGAAGGCUUCAGAAGUGGGGACUGAAUACAUACCUGUAUGCUCCAAAGGAUGACUACAAGCACAGGAUGUUCUGGCGGGAGAUGUACUCUGUGGAAGAAGCAGAGCAGCUGAUGACUCUAAUAUCAGCAGCACGUGAGCAUGAAAUAGAGUUCAUCUAUGCAAUCUCACCUGGACUUGACAUCACUUUCUCAAAUCCCAAAGAAGUAUCCACACUGAAGCGCAAGCUGGACCAGGUUUCCCAGUUUGGCUGCAGAUCGUUUGCCCUGCUGUUUGAUGAUAUUGACCACAACAUGUGUGCAGCAGACAAAGAAGUGUUUAGUUCCUUUGCUCAUGCUCAAGUAUCUAUAACAAAUGAAAUUUACCAAUAUCUAGGAGAACCGGACACAUUCCUUUUCUGUCCUACAGAAUACUGUGGAACUUUCUGUUACCCAAAUGUUGCUCAGUCUCCGUAUUUGCGAACUGUAGGAGAAAAACUGCUUCCUGGCAUUGAUGUGUUAUGGACAGGUCCGAAAGUUGUAUCCAAAGACAUUCCCGUGGAGUCCAUUGAAGAAGUUUCUAAGAUCAUCAGGAGAGCACCAGUUAUAUGGGACAACAUUCAUGCUAAUGAUUAUGAUCAGAAGAGGCUUUUUCUUGGUCCCUACAAAGGACGGUCAACUGAGCUCAUCCCUCGACUAAAGGGAGUUCUGACCAAUCCAAACUGUGAAUUUGAAGCCAAUUAUGUUGCUAUUCACACACUUGCGACCUGGUACAAGUCUAACAUGAAUGGAGUGAGAAAAGAUGUGGUGAUGACUGAUACUGAAGACAGUACGGUUUCUAUCCAGAUUAAACUGGAAAAUGAAGGGAGCGAUGAAGAUAUUGAAACAGAUGUUCUCUACAGCCCACAAAUGGCCUUGAAGUUGGCCUUAACUGAAUGGCUUCAGGAGUUUGGAGUACCUCAGCAAUACAGCAGUAGGCAAGUGGCCCACAGCGGAGCUAAAACUGCUGUAGGGGAUGUGGGGCCUCUGGUGGCACCGUCGUCUUUAAACGCAGCAACUGUGGUCACCACGGUUUACCAGGAGCCCAUCAUGAGUCAAGGUGCAGCGCUGAGCAGCGAGUCACCAGCCUUGGUAAAGGAGGAAGAGAAGAAGCAAUCUGAUGAGGAGCCGAUGGACAUGGUUGUAGAGAAACAAGAUGAUGCGGAUAAGAAUUCUAACCAGAUAUUGACAGAUAUUGCUGAAGCGAAGAUGACGGAGGAGUUGAAGCCAAUGGAUACUGAUAAGGAGAGCAUAGCUGAAUCAAAGUCCCCGGAGAUGUCUAUGCAGGAGGACUCUGGUAGUGACAUUGCCCCUAUGCAGACUGACGAACAGAUUAACAAAGAACAGUUUCUGCCUGGGCCAAAUGAAAAACCACUCUACGCAGUAGAACCAGUGACUUUAGAGGACUUGCAGCUUCUUGCUGACUUGUUUUAUCUCCCAUAUGAACAUGGGCCCAAAGGUGCACAGAUGCUGAGAGAAUUCCAGUGGCUUAGAGCAAAUAGCAGUGUUGUCAGCGUUAACUGCAAAGGAAAGGAUGCUGAAAAAAUAGAAGAAUGGCGAAACCGAGCAGCUAAGUUUGAAGAGAUGUGCAGCUUGGUGAUGGGAAUGUUCACCCGCCUCUCCAAUUGUGCCAACAGAACAAUCCUUUAUGAUAUGUACUCCUACGUCUGGGAUAUCAAGAGUAUUAUGUCAAUGGUGAAAUCUUUUGUGCAAUGGUUAGGGUGUCGUAGUCAAUCUUCAGCACAGUUCUUAAGUGGAGACCAAGAACCCUGGGCCUUUAGAGGUGGUCUAGCAGGAGAGUUCCAGCGUUUGCUGCCUAUCGAUGGGGCAAAUGACCUCUUUUUUCAACCGCCUCCACUAACGCCCACUUCCAAGGUGUACACCAUAAGACCCUACUUCCCCAAAGAUGAGGCAUCUGUAUAUAAGAUCUGCAGAGAAAUGUACGCUGAUGGAGCUGAUCAACCUUUCCAUAGUUUACCAGACUUAAUUGGAGACAAGUUAGUAGGAGGUCUGCUCACCCUCAGCCUGGAUUACUGCUUUGUCUUGGAAGAUGAGGAUGGCAUAUGUGGCUAUGCUUUGGGAACAGUUGAUGUGACUCCUUUCAUUAAGAAAUGCAAAAUGUCUUGGAUCCCUUUCAUGCAAGAAAAAUAUACUAAACCAAAUAGUGACAAGGAGUUGUCUGAGGCAGAGAAAAUAAUGCUAAGCUUCCAUGAAGAACAAGAAGUAUUGCCAGAAUCAUUCCUCGCCAACUUCCCAUCGUUGAUAAAGAUUGAUAUCCACAAAAAAGUGACGGAUCCGAGCGUGGCCAAAAGCAUGAUGGCCUGUCUGCUGUCUUCUCUAAAGGCUAAUGGCUCCCGUGGGGCUUUUUGUGAAGUGAGGCCGGAUGAUAAAAGAAUUCUGGAGUUCUACAGCAAGCUGGGCUGUUUUGAAAUCGCUAAAAUGGAAGGAUUUCCAAAGGAUGUUGUUAUCCUUGGAAGAAGCCUUUGAGGUGCUCAACAGCAAACUGUUCCAGUGCUGUAGUCCCUUAACACCUGGGCGGGUAGUGGUGGGGAUCUUCAUAUGGUCUAGCUGAACAAAGGCAGCAAUAAGCCAGCUUGGGAGACGGGACUAUGCGAAAAUCGCCCAUCACACACUCAGACUGAUUUGUUGGAAGAGGAGAAUGCUGCUGAAAACACCGUUUUAACAAGAGAAUCUCGGUCCUCUCCUGGUCUUGUGUGAAGUGCCAAGGAAUCUUGCAUGGACUAUUUAGCUUCCUGGAGGAAUCCUUCUGAAUCAGCGUUGUGUGUUUGAGUAUCAGCAGAAAAGUGGCUGUUAGGAGGGAGUAUCUGUAAAGAUGCAGUUUUGUUUCUAUGUCAUAGAGCAACUGGAAGUUGCAGGCACAGGAGGGAUUACUUAUGUCAAUCAGCAAAUGUAAAGAUAAGUAGUUACAGUUCUAUUUUUGACUAUCUUUAUGCUUGUUGAUAAAGCGAUGACCCAUCGUCACUUCUAAUGACCAUUGGUUCGAGCUUUGUGCUUUGGUAGGGACAAAUGUGCAGUGGUCUGUGGCCGAAGUCACUUAAUGACAAACCUGUAAAUUUCAGUGUAUAUAAACGUAGCCGUAUGCUGACUAACUUUUUGUUUACCGGUUUUUUGUAACUUUUUCUUUUUAAAAGUGAAAGGAUGUAGGUCCAAGACGGCACUUUGGAAUAGCGUCAAACCACCAUGGAGAGCAAAUCUGUCCUCAGCACUGACUUAUUUCUUUUUAACUGUGCCUCAUGUCCAGGGCUGGAAACUGAGUCUCCUGGGUAAGGAGCGCUGAUCCCAAGGAUCCUUCCUUCAGGUGCCGCUUGGUUUCCUGCCCGGCUCCUGCAGCUCAAGGCUGUAGCAUCGUUCUCCUGGGACAGAAGCAGCAGUUCAGGGCUGCCCAACCUGUUACUUGUGGUGGUAUUAGCACAGAAGUGGAUGGAAGCUGGAGGGAGAGAGCUGGCCCACAGCUGGGAUCUAUCCUUGGAACAGUCCCCAUGUUUCCAAGCCUUCUCAUUCUAGUUCAACUUAGUCAGGGUCUUCAAGUCCUGCGCAUUUGUAUCAAACAACUUUUCUAGAAGAAACGCCACAAUAAGCACAUUUGUACUCAUGAUUUAAAUGGUCGCCUAUAGAUGCUCCAAGAAACUCAGUGUUCUUACCCACUGUGAUGGAACCAGUGUGUUGGGAUCUGAUGGUGAGACGUUGUCAUUGGUGACAUGGGUAGUUGCAGCAGUGCUGGUGUCACAGAGGAGCUGGCCAACAUUGCAGCACCACAUUUCUUCCACCUGCAUCGUCUUAAUCCUCCUCUGCUCCCUGGGUUAUUUCAGCAGUGCACAAAGGAAGUUCAGUUCCUUGCACGAGCUGCAUUGAAGUUACACAACCUCUAGUGAACAGCAUUAAUGCUGCAGUGCAAUCUGCAGCCUGUAAGGAGAUGCUGUGCUGAGCCUUGUGCUGCAGCCACAGGCAGGGUUGGUUUUUUUUCCUCCAUUUCAGAAUGUGAACCAUUAUUUUAACGCGGUAGCGACAAUAUUUAAGUUGAAACAAGUUCAUUUCACGUUUAGAGAGAGG